AGACCAUUUUGAAGUUUUCAAAGACUUGCUCUGCUGAUAAGGACUUGUGCUCAAACCUGAGGGACUAAGCCACUUGCCAAAAUGUGCAAAGGACUUGCAGCCUUGCCCCACUCAUGCCUGGAAAGGGCCAAGGAAAUUAAGAUCAAGUUGGGAAUUCUCCUCCAAAAGCCGGAGUCUGCUGUUGACCUUGUCAUUCCGUACAAUGAGAAGCCGGACAAGCCAGUCAAGAUCCAGAAACCCUCACUGGAUGAGGCCCUGCAGUGGCGUGAUUCCCUGGACAAGCUCCUGCAGAACAACUAUGGACUUGCCAGCUUCAAAAGUUUCCUGAAGUCUGAAUUCAGUGAGGAAAACCUUGAGUUCUGGAUGGCCUGUGAGGACUACAAGAAGAUCAAGUCCCCAGUCAAGAUGGCAGAAAAAGCAAAGAAGAUUUAUGAAGAAUUCAUCCAGUCGGAGGCUCCUAAAGAGGUGAAUAUUGACCACUUCACGAAGGAGAUCACAAUGAAGAACCUGGUGGAACCUUCCCCAAGCAGCUUUGAUGUGGCCCAGAAAAGAAUCUAUGCCCUGAUGGAAAAGGAUUCACUGCCUCGCUUCGUGCGCUCUGAGUUUUAUCAGGAGUUCAUCAAGUAGCGAUUCAGUUGGGCUGUGAGAAACAUCCUGAGUGUUAUUUCCUCCAUAAUAACCCUACCUUUCCCAGCAACUCACAUAUCUUCCUCUAGCAGCUUGCUCAAAGAUUCUCAAAUGGAAAGUCCCAGGGAGUGGUGCUUACUCUUUGCCCACAUUGUCUUGGAUGUGUAAUCUAUUACCCAAAUCAAAUCCCUUCCUUAUCCAGUUUCCUUUUCCUGUUCCCAUUCUUAAUUACACUCUACUCUUGUAUGUUGUUGUAAAACUCAAUCAGAAAGACAGAAAAACUCUACCUGAGGAAACAUAAGACAGGAAUAUGAUACCACUGAAUAUGGGUCUGUUGGAUUUAGAUAAUGGAUCUCCCCCUAAACUGAUAUGAAAAAGAAUAUGGAUGUGGAAAGACCAGUUUCAGGUGAGAUGAACUGAUCUCAUUUGUUGUUUUAAUUCUGAUCCAAGUGUGUGUGUGGGGGGUCACUCCUCUCAUCUCCGAACUUGGUCAGUAAAAGGCAGUAAGAAUUUCAUGAGGCAGCACUAUUUGAUUUUUGAAGCAAAUAUAUAGUUUAUAAAUUGAUUUUCCUCUGAGAGCAUCUUUGUGCUAAUUGGAGACUAUAAACAAGAGAUACAUCCAUGAAUAUAUUUUGUUUAUACAAAGUCCAUCUGAACCCAGUCCAUAUGGUUUCUUUCCUUUCACUUCCCGUGUACAUCCCCAGGCAUAAAGUUACCAAAUUUGGUAUUAAAUCAAUAUUUUAUAAAUGCAUCUAUGCCUCUAUUAUGUAGGCCUACAAUGUCAGUUUUUAAAGUAUUUAAAAUCUGUAUGAGUGUAAAAUUCCAAAAUUUUUCAUUUCAAUCAUCUAAAAUAAAAGCUACUCCUAUCGCAAUGCUCUCCCACCUAAAUAUUAAGAGGGCUGUACACUAAAAUGGGGAAAUCUUGUUAAGCCUAAAAUGGUUAGUUGUCCUAUGAUGCCAUCUGUUUGUUAAGUAAAUGAUUAUUGUCUUCAAACUAUUUCAGAAAAGUUAAUUUGAUUAAAUGCAGAGACUCUCCAAGUGGGAUAGAGUUUUAAAGUACCCUGCAUUUUGCAAAAUAAUGUGAUCUUUUAGCAACUCCGAGUUCCUUCCCUAUUUCGCUUGCUGCAUUACUGAGCUGUAUUCAUAGCCAAAAUGCACUUUUAUACCCCUAAUAUGCCUUACACACUGUCGAUUGAUAGGCCAUGGUAAAUUUUUUAGUAGGUUUAAACUUUUAAUUCUGUAUUUCAUUAUUAUAAGUCUUGCUAGAUUUUUUUUUGCAUAUCUUUAUAUUUUAUUAAGCAAUAAUUUACAUAAUCUAGUGAUGAAGAGACUCAAACUAUGUAUGAGGGCAACCAAAGUGAGGAUACUGAGUUAAAAACGUAUUUUGAAAGGAUUAAUAAAAAUCUGAAAUGUUUAAGUA